AAGCGUUAACAAUGUAGGCAGACGACAUCUUUACGACUGUAUUUCUUAACUUAUUUCGCAUAAUCAUAAUAACUUAAGACAAAACAAGAAGUGAAUAAUUUUCGGACAUUUAUUUUGGCACGUUUAAGCUUAAAGUUAAACUUACAAAACAAACGAUUAAAUAAAACAAAAAUAAAAACACAUCAGAAUUAAGGAUAUAGUUUUAUCAUUAAAGAUAUAUUAUUUUGUAAUUAAAUUAAAGUAACAUCAUUUUAAUUAGCGGAGAAGAGACGAAAAUCAUUUUGUUCAAAGAAACAGAACAAAUGACAUGUCAAAUGGUCAUUGUUAACAACAGAGAGUGAUAAAAAUGGAUUUAUUUGGAUAUUUGUGAAUACAGUUCUUUAUAUUUAGCUAUUUAGUGUCAUUUUGACCCUGCGAAAGGAGUGAGGCCUCCUGAUUAUCGAUGGCUGCAGGUUCAAACCAGCCGGAUGACUUGAGCACUCUAGAAGUUCUCGAUGAGAACACUAUCGUACAUGCCCUCCGGGGCCGUUUCAUGCAGGAAAAAUUCUAUACAUAUAUAGGAGAUAUCCUUGUGGCAGUGAACCCAUGUAAGCCUAUACAGGUUUAUAGCACUAAGUAUCACAAUGACUACAAACAUUUAUUACUUCGGGACACAAGACCUCCCCAUCUGUUCUGGGCUGCUGACAAUGCGUUCAGAGAACUCAGGGAGACGGGUAAGAACCAGGUCAUCAUGGUGUCCGGGGAGUCGGGGGCAGGAAAGACAGAGAGUACGAAAUAUAUGAUCAGACAUCUUAUGCACAUAAGUCCGAGUGAUGACACGAAACUGUUAGAUAAGAUUGUACAGGUCAAUCCACUUCUUGAGGCUUUUGGUAAUGCAGCAACAGUCAUGAACGGUAACUCUAGCAGGUUCGGAAAGUUUGUAGAGUUGUCUUACACGGAGAAUGAUGUUCUUAUGGGAGCGAAAAUUGACGACUACAUUUUGGAGAAAUCUCGCGUUGUUCACCGGAGUCCUGGAGAAAAGAAUUUCCAUGUAUUUUACGCGUUAUUUGCAGGAAUGUCUCGAGAAAGACUACUCUAUUACUUUUUAGAAGACCCAGAAUGCCACAGAAUAAUGAGAGACGCAGAUCCUCGCCUUGGUGUAUUCCGUGAUCCGGAGGAAUUUCAGUUUUACAAACGUAUGUUUCACAACCUCACAGACAUUAUGACAGAGGUUGGAUUCUCAGAUGAGCACAUCACACUGAUAUUCCUGAUAUUAGCGGCGAUUUUGCAUCUGGCAAACAUAGUGUUUGUGCCAUGUGAAGACACAGAUGGCGUAACUGUUGUCGACGAAUACCCCUUGCAUGCAGUUGCUAAGCUACUUGGUAUUGACGAUGAAGUUCAGCUAACAGAAGCAUUAAUAUCAACUAUAAAUCAUAUUAAAGGGGAGAGGAUACAAUCCUGGAAGAACUUGCGCGAGGCAAACGAUUGCCGGGAUGCGCUUGCUAAGGAUUUAUACUCAAGACUGUUUGGUUGGAUUGUUGGUCAAGUCAACAGAAAUCUAUGGAGCUGUGAAAAUGAAAGUGUAUCACGUGGGGCAUCCAUAGGCAUCUUGGAUAUGUCGGGCUUCGAGAACUUCCCUAGCAACGGACUGGACCAAUUCCUUAUCAACGCAACUAAUGAAAAGUUACAGAUGUAUUUCAUGGAUUAUAUAUUUCCACGAGAACAGAGGGAUUAUGAAAUGGAAGGAAUUGCAUGGAAGGACAUACUUUACCAUAGCAACGAAGACGUUCUAAAUUUGCUCUUUCAGAAGCCACACGGAAUAAUGCCCCUCCUGGAUGAAGAAUCUCGGUUCCCGCAGUCCAGCGACUAUACCUUGGUGCACAAACUUAAGAAUUAUUGCUCAACUAAUAGACGAUUCAUACCACAAAUGGGAGACAAAGUUUCCUUCGGAAUCAAACACUACGCUGAAGAUGUAACCUAUGAUGCGAACGGUUUUCUCGAGCGUAAUCGUGACAAUCUCAACCAGGACCUCGUGUCUUGUCUGUUAAACAGCAACAAUGAGUUCAUCAGAGACUUGUUUUCAGCUUCAAUGUCUGCAACAGGAUCAAUAGCGGAUUUUGCUCGACAAUGCACCAGUAGACCAAAGCUGCCGAGUGCCUGGCCAUCCUCUCUAGACCUCAGGAAGCAACUAAAAGAGUCCGUUUCGAGGAAGGCGUCUUUACGUAUAAAGACGAAUAGGUUAGCAAUGCCCCGGAAUCUUUCAGGCGACACACUAGAUAGCAUGGCAAGUGCAAGGUCGUCUCCAACAGUGACCAACCAUUUUAAGCGUUCCCUUACUGACCUUAUGGAGAAAAUUAAUUUGGCACAGCCUAUUUUUGUAAGAUGUGUUAAGCCGAACCAUCAUUUGUCGGCUAGUAAGUUUGAUUCCGAGCUAAUUCGUCGGCAAUUAUCGUGCAAUGGAUUAAUGGAACUUGCACAGCUCCGUCGGGAUGGCUACCCUGUGAGAAUUGUGUUUGAGGAUUUUGUACAGAGAUACGGAAUUCUUCUUGAUGAUUGCAUAUACGCUGGUGAUUAUGAGAGAGCUAUCCAGAUUUUAGAAGAGACGGGUAUUCAGGGAUAUCAAGUUGGCAAAACUAAGGUGUUUAUGAAAUCAUGGCAAAAGGAAGACCUUGAAAAUUGUAGACGAAUAAAGGUUGAAGAAAUUGAAAGAAUUCAGCGUGAACGAGAAUUAGAAUUAGAACGUCAAAGGCUGUUAGAAUUAGAACAGGAACGUCUACAACAAUUAGAGAUAGAACGUCAACGUAUCGAAGAAGAGAACCGACUUGCCAUACAGCGACAACAAGAAGAGUUGGAAGAAUUAGAACGCCGGAGAGCUUCUCGAGAUUCAUUGUCGAUGACGUCAGAAGAUACGUCAUAUAUCAGUGAUGACCACAUCACAAGCACUCCGAGAAAGCCCGAAGAAAAUGAUAUCAGUGGCUAUAUCAGAACGGAUGAUCUGUUGAAAGAAAAGCUCUCACAACUUCAUACAAACGAAGAUGGAAUUCUUGAAGGCAUUGGUGGACCUGUCAAAUAUGAGGAUUGUAAACUCCCACGGUAUAUACCUACAGGCCAGGAUGGGAUUCCAACAAAGCGCCAACUUUCAAACACGUCCGAAGAAAGCAAAAGCACAACAACAGGCUCCUAUGAAUCUGAAAUCACCAACGAUCAAUGGCGUCCUUACGACAUAUUUCAAGUUUCGGAGAGGGAAUUUGAAGAAAAUGAUGCCAUAUUUAAAGAGAUUAUGAAACUUGUACGUUUAGUUAUGUACGUCAUCAUGUUCUUUGCUAUCCUAGGAGGCGCAGUGGUCAACAAACUUUCUCUGAUGCUUCUCAUAUCUGGGGUCAACAAGGAUGAAGAAAGUCGAGGGGAACACGUGACCACGCUUCUGUUCUGUAUUUGCGGACCACUUGCGUUCAAUUGGUUUAUGUCGAUGAUGAAAACUUUGUUUGGAGGAAAGGAAUGGCCGUCAGUUAAAACAUUCUUAAUGCUACUUGUGUUGGAAUGUCUUCAAGCGUUUGGUGCAUGUUUAAUCAUAUACCGCAUCCUUCCAUCGACUGACAUGUUUCGUGGAGUUAUUAUUAGCUUUGCCGUGUGUCAAAUCCCAAGUUUGUUGAAAGUGAUCGUUCGUGAACGCCGACCAAACCCAAGCAUUAGUGAAAUCGUUGCUAUCGUCCUAAAUGUAUUAGCUUUCGUCGUUCAAAUCGGUAUUCUACCGUUUCUAACUACAGGUUUGAUCUUGGACGGUAAUCAUACAAUCUUAGAGGGAGUUAACUCUACAACAUAUGAACAAACGCCUGUUACCAUUGUCGGCCAUAUUGAAUGGGAAUUGAUCGUUGGUUUGCUGUUAUUCUCCCUAGGCUAUUGGGAAAACUACGUUUCAGGCGACUGGACAAUAUGUGGAAAGUUUCGAGUACCUUUCAAACACUGGAGGAAGAUUUUACAAGAUUCAAGAGACACUGUAAAUAUUCUCGUUAUCCCGUGGAAAAUAGGUUGCAUGAUACUUCUCUCAAGAUUAUUGACGGAGAACACAGAUUUUCGAUUAGCUUCCACUGCAACUGAAUAUGAUAAUACUACGGACACAGUACCAAUGGACAGCGUUGAGGACCAUUUUCACUCAUACAGUUUGAUGUACUUACAGAUAGGAUCCGGCAUUGUUAUAACCUACCUUUCUGGGUUGGCUUGUAAAUUACACAUGCAACGAGUAGCGUUUUCCUUCUCAAUUACACUUGCCCCACCAGUGACAUUGGCUCUAAUCUAUCUACAAUGUCAUUUUGAAUUCAUCCCAGCGCAUUGGCACAUGGGAGGAUGGUUUUGUCCUGGCGAGGAUAUAAGUGAUUUGUUUAUACCGUUAGCAUGUGCUCUUGCUCUCUGGCUAUCCUAUUGCAUCACAGUGUCUCACAUAUGGUUCCCUCAAAGUGAAAGAAUGGCUAAACUAGAAAAGUUGUUUGUGACUCCACAUUUCGAUGGCAUAUUCCCAGACUUUACACUCACCCUUCGACGCCGGCGCAAUGACAAAGAGAUCAAACUGACUGGGUUUGACACUUUCCGCUAUGUUGGAGAAGAGAGUUACGAGGAAGGGAUAUACAACACUAAGCCAAACGUUGUUCCGCAGAUCUACGCAUGCGCGACAAUGUGGCACGAGACCAGACAGGAGAUGACACAGCUUUUGAAAUCAAUGUUCAGACUGGAUUACAAUCACUGCGCAAGCCGUCUAGCUCAAGAAAAAUUCAAAAUCAAGGAUCCCGAUUAUUAUGAUUUUGAGAUUCAUAUAAUAUUUGACGAUGCGUUCGAGUUAAAUGACGACGUGGACAAGUUUGUACCUAACAGUUUUGUGAAGCAAUUAAUGGAAUGUAUGGAGGAUGCUGCACGGUCUGUAGUAAAAGGUCCUAUACUAAUAUCACCACCGACGAAGUUCGUUACCCCAUACGGUGGACGACUUGUAUGGACCAUGCCUGGACAUACUAAGAUGGUUGUUCAUGUGAAGGAUAAGAACAAAAUCAGACACAGAAAACGGUGGUCACAGUGUAUGUACAUGUAUUACCUGUUGGGAUAUCGGCUGUUUGGAUCAGGGGACAAUGAAAAGGCAUUCACUGAAGAGACUGAAAGUCGUAUCUCAAAGGCUCGAAACCGUAAGAAGGGCAAGUCCAAGAAAGAUAAUCUGUCUCGUCCUGUCAAAUCACUUUUCAAUAAAAUGGACAGCGAAAAAUAUGAAAAGGCUGAAAACACCUUUAUUCUCACCUUGGAUGGUGAUGUGGACUUCAAACCCGAAUCUGUCAAAUUGCUUGUGGAUCGAAUGAAGAAAAACAGGAAAGUCGGCGCUGUAUGUGGGCGUAUCCAUCCAAUCGGCUCUGGUCCUAUGGUAUGGUAUCAACAAUUUGAGUACGCAGUUGGUCAUUGGCUUCAGAAAGCGGCCGAGCAUGUGUUCGGUUGUGUACUAUGUUGUCCUGGUUGUUUCUCUCUGUUCCGUGGUUCUGCUCUCAUGGAUGACAAUGUGAUGAAAAUGUAUACAACCAAACCGACGGAAGCGCGGCAUUACAUACAGUUUGAGCAAGGCGAGGAUAGAUGGCUUUGUACAUUGCUCUUACAACAAGGACACCGAAUUGAUUACUGUGCAGGCGCAGACGCUCUUACGUUUGCCCCGGAGACUUUCAAUGAAUUUUUCAACCAACGUCGUAGAUGGGCUCCCUCAACACUUGCUAACAUGAUGGAUCUGUUAUCUUCUUGGUAUGAUACAGUUCGUAUCAACGACAAUAUCAGCCGACCUUACAUUCUGUACCAAUUUAUCCUAAUGGCUUCAACAAUUUUAGCUCCUUCGACAAUCAUCCUGAUGAUAACUGGUUCAUAUCACUCAGUACUUGGUCUUGGUAUUUGGGAAUCUUACCUUCUGUCAAUUUUACCAGUGGGUGUGUACAUUACAAUUUGCAUGACGAUGAAGAAUGAUCACCAGAUCACAGCUGCCGCAGUUCUCAGUGCCAUAUUUACAGUCGUGAUGAUGAUUGCGACUGUCGGUACUAUUAUCAGCAUUGUAACGGAAAAUUUCGGAAGCCCUAACGUCGUUUUCCUGACAGGCCUUGUAGGAGUUUUCACCAUAGCUGGUAUACUUCACCCUCAGGAGUUCUUUUGUUUGGUGUAUGGUUUGUUGUACUUCUUAACAGUACCCUCUACAUUCAUCCUUCUGACAGUAUACUAUCUGUGUAACCUGAAUAACGUCUCAUGGGGAACUCGUGAAACACCCAAGAAACUUAGCAAAGAAGAACAGGAAGAAAAACAAAAAUUGGAAGAGGAAAAGAAGAAAAAGAAAGAAAGUAGAUCUCUAUUGAACAGAAUUGGUUUAACGAAGUUGGUAAAUGAUUUUAGAGAGCUGAUUCAAACAAUGGUCGGUAUCAAGGUUGAGCGAAAGGAACAGAAAACGGCUGCGUCGCAAACGGAAGAUACUAAACCUCCAACGCCUAUACUAAAAGACAAGCCUUCUCGAUUUGAACGACAGAUUAGCAAACCAGUUACUAUUUUCGAAGAUUUGACACCGUCAGGUUGGGAACCAAAUCCCGAUAGACCCUACUGGGUACACCUUGAAUAUAUGGGGAAUGGCAGCGUAGAAAAACUAGACGAAGAUGAGAUCGACUUUUGGCGUUUCAUUAUCAAGAAAUAUUUGCAUCCAUUGGACGAAGAUAAAAGUCACAAAGAGAAAAUUGCAAACGAUCUUAUCAGCUUGAAAAACAAUGUUGUUUUCAUAUAUUUCAUGAUAAAUUUCUUAUGGACGAUUAUAACACUCCAACUUCAGACAAUGGAGGACAAACUGAAGGAUUUUUAUAUCAUAAAGAAGUAUGAACCUCUAUCGCUUAUGUUUUUAUCUGUCUUUGCAUUCUGUAUUACAUUGCAGUUUGUCAGCAUGUUCGUCCAUCGUUGGGGAACCUUUUUGCAUUUGAUGUCUAGCACAAGAAUUGAUUGGUUUAAAAAUGUGUCGACAGAAGAAGAUUUUGUCCGAUUUGUUGUUGCUGAGGCACAACGUUUGCAACGAAUGGAACCUGCACCGGACUACGAUGAGAUGCCACCUGAUUACGAUGAUGAUGACGACGAAGAUGACGAAACAGUAACCAUGACAUCAAUGCGGGAAUCAGAUACUCAUUAUAACCAACUACGUGAAACCGAACGUUAUGCACAAGAGCAACCGCAUGAAGGGCACAGACCGGAUCGGCAGAGAUCAAGCAGAAAAAGUAGACACCUGUCAAGUAAUUCGAGGCAAAAUGAUGUACCAAUAUUGCAGCAAAUCUUUGAAGACAGACUUGACAAUAUUCACAGGAAGUGGAAACAGGGAUCGCUUGCAUUUAGGAACAAUAGACCAAGUGGUCGUUUUGAAAGGAGUGACAGUCACCGUUUUUCGAGUAAAUUUAAUGACAUGAGACAACGAAUGUUGAAAAGAAGUUUUAAGAAGAAUAGCAAUGGAAGUGGAUAUGACAAUGGUACAUUUCAAGGUGUUGUAGUUGAAACAUUAUGAGAUUUAUAACUAUUUUUGUAUUGUACAGUUCUAUCAAAAUAAAAUAGAAAAAAAUAAUCAUCUUGCCAAGCUAAAGAUAAUAGCAAUUAGGAUAGGUUAUAUCUAUCUUUAAUUGGGAAUGUGGUCAUUUAACCGGAAUUUCAAACUAAAUUGCUCAAUGUGAUACCUAUUAUCGUAAUAUUUAUUUACAAAGACAUAUCUUGUUAACUGCUUCUUAUGUAUUGAUUCAGUAUGUUUUCUUUUGAUAACAUAAGGCAUAUUUUGAAAUACAUUAAUCCGUUUCCAUCUUGAAAAAAAUGUGUGCAAAAUCCUAAUUGAACGCUUUUGAAUAAGAAAUAAACGUAUAAUUUUAGCCUCUAUCUCUUAUUCACUUUUCGAAUAAAACCAUGUAUAAUCUUGAAUACUCUGCAGUGUAAUUAUGCGUAUAUUUAUUUGACGUUUGACGAAUGAUUAUCACAUCAUUUAUUGAAUGAGUGCCUUCGUUGUGCCAAUAUAUAGUUUUAAUAGAUCAUAAAUUACAUUCUUGUUAUUUGAAUAAUAAUUUACCAAGUGUAAUAUCUUCGCUUAAUUGUUUACAUUUUAAUUAUUCAAUAUUUUAGAAAACUUCAGCAUUGCAACGUUUAUGUUUAUGUGCUAAGAUGUCUUAUUAUGUUUGCUAGUUCUUUGUAAUUUACAUAUUUUGUUUGACAGUUAUUUGCGAUUUAUAUAUUAUACUUUAUUUAUACUGGGCGAAGAUAUAUAACAAGACGCUGGAAAGUCAACGCAUAGUAUAAAUAUUUUGUGCACUUUUGCACGUGUUAGAAUACUAGGUUUUAAUUAGUAAGUUUUGUAUUAUACUGUUAUUUUAGUCCAUUCAUGUUGAAUCUCUAUAAUAAACAAUAAAGUGCUAUAUAAAAAA